AGGACAUUGAUCAGGUGAGAACUCUUAGUUACAAAUAGUAUGUAAAGCCUCUCCAGAUCCAGUUAGAGGAAUGAAAGGAGAAAGCAGACUCAGCUAAUAGAACAAUUAUGUCUAUUAGAGGGGAGUUCAAUAUUAUGUCAGAGCAGGUAUAUGAGACCCAAAGAAAAUUACAGGAAAUUAUGAGUGCACUUUAUAGAGUUGAUGAGAAAGCAGAUAAAGAGGCUCUGUAUAAAACCAACGCUAGGUUUCAAGAUUUUGUCCCGUAUUAUGAAUAUAAAGAAGUAGUAAAUAGUCUGAAAGAAUUCUCAAAGCAAGCUGAUCUAAAUGAAGCACUCGGCAGAAUUAAAAAUCUAGAAGAUCAGGUCAAGGAGAUGUACACAAAAGACGAAGUACAGGAUCUUCUAACAAACAGUAGGAAAGAAAUCGAUAAAUAUCUUGAGCAAAAAUACUGUACAAUAAACUUAUUUCACACUGAAAACAAGUUAAAAUAAAGAGUCUAUCGAUUCUCUUUCCCAGUCUUCAAGCAGCUAUAAAAAUCUUCUGACUGACUAUUCAACUAAAUUCACAACAUUGGAAUGAAGGAUUAAUAGUAAGGCUGAUAAAUCUGACCUCAAGGCUAAAACAGAUGCUAUCUGGAGCAACUUUGAAAACUGUUGCCAGUACGAGCACAUUAAGCAGGUGAAGCUAAGAGUAGAGCCUCUAGCUGAUAAAUGCAUCAAACUUCUGAACAAUUUUUCACAAGAGAACAUCGAAAUGAAGAAUAUUAUUAAAAGGUUUGAUGAGAUUAUCCUUGAUAAAGCAUCUAAAUUUUCAGUUUAAAAAAAUCUAUGAAAAGUUCC